GGGUUGGGACAAGUGUGGCUCGUGUGUGCGUGCAAAAAGACUGGAAAGUUUCUUUCGUGCUACGGAUAAGGUAGGGACGUACUAGGGAGGUAUGAACUAGGGAGGGGGAGAGGAAGGUAGAGCGGUAGGUGGCGUAGGCGUAGGUGGUGGGUGGGAGUGUGGGAAGUGUUUGGAAGCGAGCGAACGGUAGGGAAGCCGAACAUCGGCGGCCAUGGCGAAGAGUCGAAGAUACUAAUAAGAUAGGAUGGAUGGGAUAGAUAGGAGAUAGGAUGGGAGGAUGGGAGGAUGGGAGGAUGGGAGGAUGGGCCAUGGAGAAGAUGGGCAUGGACAUGGACAUGGACAUGGUCAUCGACAUGACGAUGCUCUUCGGGGAAAGAAAAAAGCAGCCCCGUGCACACUCACCAAAAUAAGAUGGAUUUUGGAGCGCUUGAGGAUUCCAUCUCGGCUUGUUUCUCUCUUCGCCGAAGAGAAUGGCAGGCGAUGCGAUGGAUUGGGAUGGAUUGGGAUGGAUUGGGAUAGGAUGUGCUACAUACAUAUGAUGCAGAUGCUUUGAUGUGAUGUGAUGGCAAUUGCUACUCAAAAUAGGUACCGUAGGUCACCGGUAUUUUGACUCAUGGGGAGGGGAUUGAAAUCUUUUUUUUUUCUUUCCUGAUUCUGAUUUUGAUUCUGACUCUGUUUUUGUUUCUCCAUCUUUUUUCCCCCCUAUAUAUAUCUCUGUAGUUGUGACCCGGAUCUUUCGUUCUUUUUGGAUUCAUUGCGUUGCAAAUUGGAUCGAUUAGAUCAACUGUUAGUUCUUGCCUUUCAUGAUCCGCAAGGGUUCUCUUGAUAUAUCCUUCGCUUGCUUUUCGACGGAUGACGUAUAUUUCGAUUUAUACCUACACAUCUCUCUUUGACAUUCAAUUUAAAUCAUGGCUUCGAGUCUAGACCACCAUUAUCCGUCAACGAGCCGACAUGGUCAACUAUCUCCGCAUCAAAAGAACGAAUCGACCGUUUCACAUGAACCAUCCGAUACCUACUCUAUUCACAGUACAAGUAGCUCCAUUCCCUCCCAACAACCACCCUCGAAUCUAGCCCCAAUCGCCUCGCACAUCUCCAAUACUCAAGAUGCGCCAAUUCAACAAACGUAUUCUAAUGUCUCCAUCCCCGAUGCUAUCUACGACCGCAUCCCCCCCAAUCGCAAACUCGUUAUCGUGGCUCUGCUUUCCUUUUGCAGUUUCUUGGCUCCGAUUAGCAGUACUACGGUAUUGGCAGCGGUGCCAGAGGUUGCGAAUACGUAUAACAGUACCGGUACCAUUAUCAAUUUGAGUAAUGCAUUGUACAUGUUGUUCAUGGGAUUGAGUCCAUUGGUGUGGGGACCAUUGAGUCAAGUUUAUGGUAGGAGAUGGAUUUCCCUCAUAACGUCCUCCCUCUUUACAGCCUGCUCAAUUGGCACAGCGCUUGCUCCUAAUCUUGCUGCAUUCUUUAUCUUUCGUAUCCUAACAGCCUUUCAAGGAACCUCGUUCCUCACUAUCGGCGCAGCUUGUAUCGGGGAUAUCUAUCGUCCAACGGAACGUGGAACUGCAAUGGGUUGGUUUCUUUCUGGUACACUCAUCGGGCCCGCACUCGGGCCCUUUAUUGGGGGCAUCAUCGUCACAUUCAAAUCUUGGCGUGUAAUUUUCUGGCUGCAAACUGCAUUGGCUGCAUGCGCAGUGGUUGGAGCUUAUUUCUUGCUACCCGAAACUAUUCAUCGAAUGAAGAAAGAUGAAUUGGUUGGGAUGAGUUGGAAGAGGAAAGCAGGGGUACUAUGGGGAAUGUUGAAUCCAUGGAGAGUUAUCAAACUUUAUAAGUAUCCGAAUUUGAUUAUGGUGGCCUUGGCGAGUAGCAGCUUGGUGUGGAAUAUGUAUUCACUUUUGACUCCUAUCCGCUACGUUCUUAAUCCCCGUUUCCAUCUGACCACCCCCAUCCAAUCUGGUCUUUUCUAUCUCGCCCCAGGAUUCGGCUACAUUCUCGGAACCUUCUUCGGUGGCCGCUAUUCUGAUCACAUAACCAACAAAUACAUCCGUAUCCGCGGGGCACGCAUCCCGGAAGAUCGACUCCGUUCCGCUCUCCCCUUCAUGGGCAUCGUCAUCCCCGCUUGUAUGCUCCUUUACGGCUGGUCUGUAGAAAAGGAUUUCGGCGGUAUUCCGCUUCCUGUUAUCAUGAUGUUUUUGCAAGGCGUGGCGCAACUUUUCUGUUUUCCUAGUCUGAAUACGUAUUGUUUGGAUGUGAUGCAGAGGAGUGGUGCCGAGGUUAUUGCAGGAAAUUAUAUGAUUAGAUAUUUGUUUGCGGCGACGGGGAGUGCGACGGUGCUGCCGGCUGUGGAGAAAAUUGGGGUAGGUUGGUUUUCGACAAUUAGUGCGGGGUUUUUGGUGGUUAGCAGUGCGGCGACUUGGGCGGCUGUUAGAUGGGGGAAGGGGUGGCGAGAUGCAAUUGACGGGAAAACGUCUGAGAGGGGAGAAGUAGGAAUGCAAUUGGGGGAAGAUGGAGGUGAUGAUAAAGGAAAGAAAAUGGAAAAGGGGAAGGUAGCAGGAGGAAGGGCGGAUGAUCUGGUUUAAUGGAUUGGGCUUUGAAUAAUGAGGAACAUAACGAAGGAUAUGGGAUUUCAAGAGUGUUUUUUGCAUAUAAUGAAGUGGAUACGAAAUAAUGAUCACGUUGGGGUAUAGAACUGGGAAUUGGGAUAGAAUUAGGAUUAUGAUUGAAACAGCACUGGUUGGUGUAGAGAUUUGUGUCUUUGGAAAGAUGGGGUGACGCAGCAUCUCUCAUGAUACAUACGAGUGGUAGCGACGAACAUUAGAAUUGAAGGGUAAUAAUAUCAUUUUAAUCUUUCCUUGUUUUUCUUUUGAAUCUUGAACUUUUUAAAGAGAGAGAAAAAUUCAAUAAAAUUUCUUCGA